GGCUAGGAGCGGGUGAGACGGAAGCGGCGGCGAACACGACCCUGCGGUGUCGAGCAAAUUUUCGCCACCCCCGUCGAUCUCGCCAUCCCACCCCGGCCGAGUUCCCCGUCACUCUUGUUCGCCUUCCACUCCCUCCCUUUCUGUCUCCUAGACUGCCGCGUCGCGCGUUUCUUAGCUCUCUGGUUUCUAAAGCUUAGAACCGCGCCACGCCAGCAAACCCUAAUUUAGUCUCCCUGCACGGCAUCGUUUUUCACGAUGCCCUUUCCUCCCCCGCUAAGCGCUCGACUUUAGGUAAGCACCCACGCCCCCUACGGUGCCCUUCACUCUUUCAGCGCGAUUUCCUCUUCCAGAACGCCUUACUCCCCUCUGCCACCGUGCAUCAAUCCCCACUGCCACUUCGCGUCAUUCCCCUCCGCCGCCGCGCGUCAUUCCCCCUCUGUCCAGCGCGCCGUUUCCCUCUCACAGUUCGACAUUUCCCCCUCUGUCCAGCGGGCCGUUUCCCCCUAGCUCGCCUAUCGCCCCGCCAGCCCGCGUCGAGGUGACCGUCGGCAAGGGCGGGGACCAGGUGCGCUCUGCCUCGCGAGGCCGGAAACGACCACGGGAGAAGGCAGAGGAAGGCCCCGCCUCACGCCUGGAGAAGCAGGAGCGCGAAGCCACACGCUCGCGCUCCCAUGGUCGCAAAAAGUCAUCUGCCCCCCCUCCGCCACUCCCACAGGCCAACACUAGCGCCAGGAGAGCCCCCACCUCCUCCACACCCAUGGCCACAUGUAGCAAGGCUGGCACAGGUGAGGCCGCAGCAGGGCCUGUGGCAGGGGAUGGGGAUGCGGCAGCACCGGGGGGUCCUGCAGAGGUGGCAGCAGAGAUGCGGGUGUGGGAGCAACAGGAAGGGCAGCUGGGGCGGCAGCAGGGAAGGCAGCAACAGCAGCAACACGGGCAGCGGCAAGAGGUGCUGCACGGGAGAGGGCAGCGGGAGCCGCUGCAGGAAGGGCAGCAGCUGCGGCAGCUCCAGCAGGAGGUGUGGUGAGAGAGACAGCAGCCGGAGCGGCCGAAGCCGAGUGUGCCCCACGAGGCGGCCGCCGAGGAUGGCUCGGACAAUGAUGGCCCGCUCGCCGGAUAUAUCUUGGUCGACUCAACCCUUCCAUGCUCUCCCUCAUCAGCCCUCGCGCCGGCGCCAGGAGCACAAACAACAGCCGGGCAGGUUGCUCCCUCCCCCUCCCCACCCACGCAGGCUGUCGCGCCGGACGCCUCGACCUGGGUAGCACAAGGAGGGGCGGCUCUUGCCCAACCCCCCUCGUCAGUCCGCCCCCAACCCUGUUCCACCCCAGGUGUCUCCCGCCCGGCACAGGGCACACACCCUGUCGGCCACAUGGGCGCUUCCCAUAGGAACGGUGAGCGGGGUGCACCCCCGGCAAGGGGGAGCAACCCGAAUCAACUCCCUCUCGGCCCUCGCCGUCUCACCCCGGCUGAUCCCACUUCCCA